AUGGCCGGCGAGGUGGACAUGUCCACCGUGGAGGCCGCGCUGUCCAAGCGCGAGGCGUACAUCAUGAGCAACAUGCAGACGAUGGGAAUGAAGAGCAUGAGGCGACUGGUGGAGGCGGAUCUGGGCCUGCCUGAGAAGGCGCUGGAUGGUCAGAAGAAGGCUGUGAACGCCCUGGUGGACAAGAUGGUUGACACUUGGCUAAAACACAAGAACCUACCCACAACUGAGAGCAAGCCCAAUGGGUCUGCUGUUGAGCUUUAUGCCAAAUCCCCAAGAAAAACCCACAGUGAGCCAGGGAAGACAGCUUCCAGUAAUCCCUCAAAAGGGUCAGGGAAGGCACCCAAGGAAGGUAGUGUUGCUGGGAAGGCAAGACGAAGGAGUGAUGCAAAGGAUGCCAGUGAGCACAGGCUCAAAAAGAAGGCGCGGCUGGCAGGAGGCACAGCUGCAAAUGGCUCUGGCAAUGGGGCAGCCCAGGACUCUGCUUCGACAGAUGGGGAGUGUGGCCAUGUGUUUGCAAAGAGAGAUAAACCUCAAGGGCCGAUUCAGAGCACAAGAAUUAAAAAAAUGAAGCAGAUGCUGAAGGAUGCAACUAUCAGGUUUGGACCCUCUCUGUACAGCAAGAACAGAGAUGAAGCCAGCCUGGCUGCAGCCCUGCUGGCCCUGCUCUCCAACCAUGGGUUGAGCUUGAAUUCUAAUCCCCGGGAAGUGCAGAAAGUGCGCAACAAGCUGCAGCUGGCACGCGACUUGGAAGGCAUCGACACCAGCAACAUAAUUGAGAAUGGCUCAAGAAGACGGUCAGCAGUGCCGAUCCGUAACAGGUCAAGUGCUGUGUAUGCCAAGUUGCCUGGGCCCCAGGGCGAGUGCUCAUCUCCAGGUGAGGAGAGUGGAGGCAAGCACAAGCACCUGGGCACCAAACAGAAGGCAAUGAUCAAUGACAAGGACGGCGAUAGCGAAGUCGACCACACCAGCAAUGGCGAGGAUAAUGUAUGCAACAACGAUAGCGAUGAGUUUGUGCCGAGUCCGGCUGUGGCAGGGCGGCAUCGUGCGCCUCAAGGGACAUCUGGUGAUGAGCUUUCAGAUUCUGAAAGUGAGGAAAGUGGGGCCAGAGGAGGGCACAAAGAAGAUCAGCGGGUUGCAGCGAAUUCAGCACCAUCAGAACCACAAAUGGCAGGUUUGUUUUGUUGGUUUGCUGCUGUGCUGAAUUGUGCAACAGUAGGGAGGACAGUUGGUAUCCACUAG